AUGGAUAACUCGCUUCCCAGCCUACAGGAAACAAUAGCUUUAAGAGAUUCACUAACAACUAAUCUUGUUCAGACUUCAGAGGACCAAACAAACACUUGCUUGGUUUCACUCGUUUCAGCAUCCAUUACGACACAACCUGAGGGAACAAACGAUAAUAGCACGAACAAAAAGCAAGGUUACUUAAGCCAUGGCUCUACAUUUACAAGCCAUACCGAUUUUGUAAUAGCAGUCCAGGAAUAUGCCAUACGGGAAGGUUUUACCAUGAGACUCCAUAAAUUAAAAAGGAAUAAAGCUGGUGCCGUACGAUGGAGAGAAAUAGUUUGUUCGCGUAAUGGAACUUCAAGUAAAAAAAAGGAAAGUGGUGAUAAACCAACGCGUAAUCGUCAAUCUCAACGAUGUAAAUGCCCAUUUUUAGUUCGUGCCUCUUUGAAUGGUAGAUCAGGAUUAUGGGAGAUUAUUUCAACAAAGUUAGAACAUAAUCAUGAUAUCGGAAACACAGCAAGGUCAAAUGGGACAAAUCAGGGUUAUGUGAAAAGCUAG